AUGGGGGACGUGGAUGCGUUUCUCGAAGAGCAGCUCGCAAGCGUCAAGGGAGGGCCUCGGCGCAAGGAGAACGGAGGAGGCGAUGCCGAAAACGGGCACGACCCGGAAAACGGAUCGAAGGCGGGAGCCGGGGGGGACGAGGCCGCAGCAAGCGAGGGCGGUGGAUCAUCCAGCGGAGACAGCAGCUCAGAUGGAAGUAGCUCCGACAGCGACGACAACGCUGAAGGCGAGAACGAGGAGGGGCAAGGGGAGGAGGAGGAGGAGGAGGAGCAAGAGGAGGAAGAGCAGGAAGAGGAGGAAGACAAGAAACACAAGAAAAGCAGCAGCCGGAGGAGCGACAGGGACAGGGGCAGGGACCGUGAUGACCGCAGGAAGCGGAGCCGGAGCCGCGGGCGAGGGGAGCGGGACAGUGACAAGCGCCGUAGGAGGAGUGUGAGCGGGGACCGAAGGAGGGACCGGCACAGCAGCCGCAAGGGGGAUCGUGACCGUGAUCGCGACAGGGACAGGGACAGGCACGGCAGCAGCAGGGGCGACCGGCGCGAUCGCGACCGGGACCGCCGAUCCUCCCGCAGAUCUCGCAGCAGAGACAGAGACAGGGACUCCGGCAGGAGGAGCAGGAGGAGCCGCCACUCCGGCGAGAAUGAGCACAAGAAGAAGCAAGAGAAGGAAGAGGAAGAUGAUGACGAAGAGAAGGAGGAGGAAGAUAAGGACGGAAGCGAUGGCAACAAGAUGGAAGUGGACAAGGACAAUGAAUCCAACCCAGAAACGUCGCCGGUCCAGGAAGACGGCAACGCUGAAGACAAGGAAGACGAAGAAAAAGAAGAAGAAAAAGAAGACAAAGAAGAAGCGGAAGAGCCCACCGAGGAAACUGACUCGAAAGAAAAAGACAAGGAGUCGAGGCGCGAGUCGUCCAAGUCUAAAAAAGACAGGUCGUCCAGGUCCUCCAGGGACAAGAGAAGGGACAGGCACCGGUCCCGCAGCAGGGAGAGGGACAGGGACAGGGACAGCAGGCGCCACGGAAGCAGCCGCCGCAGUGACAGAGACCGCGACAGGGACAGGGACAGGGACAGGAGGGACCGUGAUCGUGACCGCAGAGACAGGGACAGGGACAGAGACAGGGAUGACCGAAGGAGCCUGGUCCGGUGAGAACCCGGCGUGCUCCGUCCCGGCUUUGUAGGGAUGCGAGGUCAAUG